AUGCCCCGCCCAGUCGAGAACGCUUCCACCGACUACACCCCUGCCGAUGACACUCCCAAGACCAUUAGCGACAUCUUCAAACUCGCCGCAGAACCCAAGACGGAGCUUGGGCGAUACCGUCUUCUCUCUCCCUCUGCAGCCAUCAGGGUCUCACCCCUCUGUCUUGGUGCUAUGAGUCUCGGUAACCAGUGGACUGGUUUUAUGGGCGCCGGACCCGACUUUGAAGAAUCAUGCAAGCUUCUCGACACUUUCUACGAAGCUGGUGGGAAUUUCAUUGAUACCGCCAACAACUACCAAGACGAGCAGUCCGAGAUGAUCAUCGGCGAGUGGAUGGAGAAGAGGCAGAUCAGAGAUGAGAUCGUCCUCGCUACCAAAUACACCACCUACGGUCUUGACAGGAAAGAAGGCAAAUUCCAAGGUAUCGGUGCCAACUACUGUGGCAACCACAAGAAGAACCUUCGCUUAACCGUCGAUGCCUCGCUCAAGAAGCUCAGGACCGACUAUAUCGACCUCCUCUAUGUCCACUGGUGGGACUACAGUACCUCCAUCCCAGAGCUGAUGCAGUCCCUCAACGACAUUGUCAAGAGCGGCAAGGUCCUCUAUCUCGGUAUCUCCGACACCCCCGCCUGGAUCGUCUCCCAGGCGAACGAGUACGCCCGUCAGCAUGGCCUCGCCCAGUUCGUCGUCUAUCAAGGUCUUUGGAACGUCAGCGUUCGCGAUGUGGAGCGGGAUGUGCUUCCCAUGUGUCGCGCCAACGGUAUGGGCUUCGCUCCAUGGGGCGUGCUCGGGCAGGGAAAAUUCAAGUCUCCUGAAGAAUUGAAGAAGCAGGCGAAUUGGCGAGGAGGCGCGCCUCCCUCUGAGAAGGAUAUCAAGCUCACCAAGGCUUUGCAAGAAGUCGCCGACCAAGUUGGAGGUGGUGCAAAGGCUGCUACUGUGGCCCUGGCGUGGAGUAGGCAAAUGUUUACUGAUUGUUAUCCCAUCGUUGGUGGAACGAGCCUCGAAAACCUCAAGUCCAACAUCAAUGCGCUCAAGAUUGAGCUCACCCCCGAACAAGUCACCAAGCUCUCGCAAGCUUCGGACUUUGACUACGGCUUCCCUUACACCCGUUUCGGGUUGGACCCUCACUAUCUCCCCGAGGGCAAGCCCGACUCGUUCCUUCUCAACUCGGCUGCGCAUGUCAAGUUUGUAGAGUUCCCUUAG